AUAAUGAUGUAGAUAAUUUUGAUUGGAAUUUGCUGGGUAAAGAUUUUGAUGACGAUGAAGAUGAGGAAAAUGAAAAUAAGGAAAAUGGAGCAUUUCUUCAUAAUUUUGAAAUCAAAAAGAGCCAAGAACAAAAGGAAGAUUUUGAACUCUUUAAAGGAUUUGAUGUAGCUGUUACAACAGCUGAUAAAAAUAGGUUAAAGAUUUUUGACUCCUUGACCCAAUUUCAAGAAUAUUUCAAACAAAAGCUUGAAAUUCAAAAAUGUGCUCUUUCAAUUGACCGUAAUAAUAUGACAUUUCAAGAACUUCGAGUACUUGUUGAAGAUGGCAUAAAUAUUUCGAAUAUUUUUGUGCAAUAUGAAAUAGAGUUAAAAGAACUUGAAGAUGAAAAUGUUAAAUCAAUCCAUAAAGCUUUAGAAAAAAAACUGAAUAUUAUUAAACAAAUUGCAUAUCAGAUUUUGAGGAAAUCUUAUAAUGGUUUUGAAAGUUUAAUAGGUGAUUAUGAUAAAAAACAAGUAGAAGAAGAAAUUAUUGAUGAUUUUAAAGAGAUAUUCUUUGAUUUAGCAAUUAAUAGUAUCAAUGAAAUUGAUCCUAAUAUUAUUCCACGUCUCAAAAAUGAAAUUUUCAAUAUUUCUACUACUACUUGGAAAUACCUCAAAACUCGACUUAUUCUUGCAAAAAAUUGUGACUUUGCAAAUUCAAUAUCAAAAUUGUUCUUUGAUGAAGAGCAAGACUUUCCUAAAUUAAUUAAAAAGUAUAAAAAUGUAUUAAAACGAUAUUUAAUUUGUGUUUUUAAAGGGAAAGGGUUGCAGUUCAACGAACUCACAAGUAAAAUUAUUGAUAAAAUAAACGACGAGGUUGAAACAGUUUCUGAUAGUGAAUUUGUGAAACAAAUUUUUAGACUAGAUAAUGUAAUGAUUUCAAGCAAAUUUUUAAAUGCUUAUCAAGAAUGGAGAAAUAAUUUCGAUCAAAGUAUAAACCGAGUUAUUCAAGAUUUCAGAGAAGAAGUUGAAAAAA